GUGCAUGUGACAGGACCACUGGAUAACCUGCUGUGGCCACUCUAGAAGCCUCUGCCAUCUCCUGCUGGGCCCUUCCACCCUCAUGCCUGGCCAUGGAAUGCUCUAGUGAGCUGGAAUGAAGGUCAGACCUGUGGCUGUGAUGUCACAGAGCACAUGGAGUCAGAGGUCUAAUGGUCUGAUGGAAAAGCAGAGGCAAAAGCGACACUGGGCAGGGCCCCACAGGGUAGCAUUCCUGGCUGCCAUCCUGCUGCUGCUGCUGCUGCAGGUAAAAGGAGCCAAGACUCAGAAGAGCAGCACAGGGCCGGAGGAGGGGGCCCUGGAAGAGAAAACGCCCCCUGCAGAGCAGGGCCAAGAGCAGUAUGAAGAGCACUUCAUGGCCUCCUCGGAGGGUGAGAAGUGGCAGGUGAUGGACAUGGCCCGGCAAGAGGAGGACUUCACCUCUGACACAGCAGCUGCCCAAGACCACCGCCUCUUCGAUCUGGCUCUCUGCUUUAACUUGGCCAGCAUCAUGGUUUUUUUCUUUUUUUUUGAGGGAUGUUGAGAAUAAGGAGAUGGCUUGGCUCCUGGAGGAGGAAGACCCAGAUUUUUUUUCCUUGACUUCUUGAUCGCUUACUGAUCUCCACUCUCUACUGGGUUCCAUGCCACAGCUCCCCAAAGAGAUACCCACACCACUCCCUGCACACUGCUCCCUGCUCUUGCCAGCGGCACCUGUCCUUAGGGUGCAGCCUUUCCUGCAUGGCUUCUGCCUGAUGCCACCCCAAGCCCACAGCUCUGUGUUUCAGGGCCAGAGGCCUCCCUUGCCCUUUUCCCUCCAAUGCCUCCCUUGGUUUUGUUCAAUAUAGCAGAUUGGAGGGCAGAGGCAUUGACAGUAAAAUAGCAAUAAAAUCCUGAAAAUAA